CUCUCUUAAUUAUUAUAAUCCAAUUUCUGAUAAUCUUUUUAAAUUUUUACAAUAUUUUCCUACUUUAUGUAAAGGAUUAUAUCAUUUAGAUAUAACUUUACCUUAUUUUGAAAAUAAUCAAAUUAUAAUAGAUUUAUUAAUUUCUAUUAUUAAAUCUCAAAAAAAUUUACAAGAAUUUAAUUUAUCUGGUGCUAGAAUUGGUGCAAAUUUUAUUAUACCAAUCCUUUUUUCUUUUCAUUAUAAUAGUUUAAUUUCAAUUAAAUUUCAAAAUAUUAAUUUUCAUAAAGUUAAUUUACGUUCAAUAAUUUCUUGUAAAAAAUUAAAAAAUCUUACAAUUUAUCAUUGUACUGGUUUAACUAAAUCUAGUUUACCUUUAUUAGUAAAAGAUUUUAAUUCUUCUCAUUAUAAUGGUGGUAUGAGAUUAAAAUCUUUAAAUAUUGGAUGUUCUCCAAAAAAUUCUCAAAUUCCAAAAUUAAUUCUUGAAUCUUUACUUUCUACAACAUGUCAAGAAUUAUGUUUGGAUUUAAUUACUCCAGAAAUUAUUAAUGCCAUCAAGAAUCGUUGUCAAAAUAUCACCACAUUAAAACUUCGGGAUUAUUUCAUUAGCAAUGAUGAUAUUAUUACAACAGAAUCAUCAUCAUCAUCUUCUUCUUCAUCUACAUCUAAUUCUUUAUUAUAUAAUUUAUUUCAUGCUUUAUUAUUAGAAAGGUUAACCGUUAUUAUUAGUCCAAAGAAUAGUGAUUAUGAAGAAUUAAACAUUCAUGCUAGAGAUUUACCAUCAAGUUGUUGGUAUUUAGAAUUACAAUGUGGUUAUUCUGUUAGAAAAUUAUGUGAAUUAUUAUUAAGUGAUGAAUGUGUGGCUCCAAUUAGGGUAUUAAUUAUAAAUUAUUUAAGAUUAGAUAUUUCUCAUUUGAUGAUCGUAAGAGAUUUUGCAAUGGUCAAAGGAACUUUGAAAUAUUUUGGAAUUGGUGGAAGAAAUGAUUUUGAUAAAGACGAAUUAGAUGUUAUUAAAGAAUUACAAUAUAAAUAUAAUGUUACCGUUAAUUAUAAUGAUGUCGGUGACAUAAUGUAUUAGAUUCUACAUCUAAAAAUCUAAAAGUUGAUAGUAUUUAUACAUUUUUAUAUCUUCUUUAUUUUUUUUUUUUAUUGAACAUUUAAUAAAAAAAUUUUGUAUAGCAAUUAUAUUACAAUUAAGACAAAUCCGCUUCGUGAGUUGUAGUCUACAGGCCAUACUUUGUAUUAUGAUUGAUUGGUCCAUCAUUUUACAUAGCAUACAAUAUUGGAGUUAGAAAUAUACUAGA